CUCUAUUGAUGCGCUCAAACACGAGCCGUUCAAAAGUUCCGGGUGCGGUGCUCGGUUUCCGAGGUCACGUUUAUGCCCAUUGAUGUUGUCCAAUUAGAAGUUGCUGACGUACACGGACGUGGCUUAGAGGCGGCUAAGCGUUCAUCCGGAAUUCGGUGGUAGAAUGAACCCCGGGGAAAAGAGCUUCACGAGAACUGGAGGAAUUGUGGAUGUGGAUGUCUACGAAGCCAUUGCGAACAUAAAGGUGCUAUUGAGAAGCCGGGUUUUUGUGGUUUUAAAGUCGUCGACAUCUUGCAUCGCACCAACCGGCAUUGCGCUCGAACUUCCCCGCAGAGCUUCAAACAAAGCUUCGAACCUCAACAACAACAUCAGCUCAAUAGAGUUGGAACGCAAAAUGGCAGACAACUUGAGGAUAGCCAUCAUCGGCGCAGGCAUGGGUGGCCUUGCCACAGCACUGUCUCUUGCAAAAUCCGGCCACAAAAACAUCACAGUCUACGAGCAUGCCGCAAACCUCGGCUUCGUAGGCGCAGGCAUCCAGCUUGCGCCUAACAUGGCCACUAUCCUUGAUAAGCUGGGCGUCUGGAAGCAGAUCGAAGCCGAAGCAGUUCAAUGCGCAAACACAUCCAUUCGUCAAGGUUCUUCAAACGAGGAGCUUGGUUAUGUCGACCUGGGCUAUGUCAAGGAGAAUUACGGAUACCCACACAUGGUCGGCCAUCGCGCAUCACUCGCAGGCGGCCUGUAUGAAGGAUGUCAGAAGGAGAACGGAAUCACAUUCAAGUUCGGCAACACCAUCACAAACGCCCGCUUUGGGGCAAAGCCCAGCUUUGAAGUGACAAACAACAAGACCGGCGAGAAAGGGAGCGUCGAAUGCGACGUCCUCAUUGGUGCCGAUGGUGUCAAGAGCAACACCCGCGUUGCCAUGCUGAAAGAACUCGGCGAGACGGCGACGGUCAGGGACUCGGGCCAGGCGGCGUACCGCAUUAUGCUCACUCGCGAGCAAAUGUCGCCAUACCCUGAGCUGCUCAAGCUGAUCGAUAGCGAUACCGUUACACGUUGGAUCGGCGAGAAAAAGCACAUCAUUGCGUACAGCAUUCACAAUAAGCAGAUCUACAACCUGUCGACUGCGCAGCCGGACGCCAACUUUGCGGGUGCUCCGGACGCGCAGUACACAACUAAGGGGAGCAAGAGCGCGAUGUUGGAUUUGUACAAGGACUUCUGUCCAAUGAUUCAGGAUAUGUUGAACCUGGUGCCGGAGGGCGAGGUCGUAGAGUGGAAGCUAAGGGUUCACGACCCGCUGCCCACGUGGGUCAGUGGCAGCAUGGCGCUGGUCGGCGAUGCGUGUCAUCCAACCCUACCACACAUGGCGCAGGGCGCCGCGCAAGCGAUUGAAGAUGGCGCUGUACUUGGUGUCGUCCUUGCACCCUCAAGGCUAGGUGACGCUAGCCCAGAGAUCAUCAAUAAGGCACUCAAGUUGUAUGAGAGACUGAGAAAGCCUAGGGCGGAGGCGCUCGUUGAGCUCGCCGCAGAGAGUGGGCGGAACAUGCAUCUCGGCGCCGGCAAGGCCAAAGAGGAGCGUGAUAAACAAUUUGCGGCGCUCAAGCUCGGAGGUGGCAAGGUUCCUGAUAAGUGGGCAGACGCAGAUGUCCAGGCCAAGGUCUACGGUACUAAUGUUGUCAAGCAGGCCGAGGAGCUUUGUCAAGAGGAAGGCCUGGUGGCGAAGCUCUGAGCAGUUGAUAGCUGAGUUUGCACUUGUAAUUAUCACGUUUAGCAAAUUAUGAAGCGCAAUGAACACGUGUGAAC